GAAUAAAAAAACAUUUUCAGAGGAAAGAAAUUGUUUUCUCAGUAUAGCAAAAGUUUUGAGCCAAUAAGCAAAACAAAAAGCUGAUGCUUGUCGCAGUCUGUGUUCGUCACCGUUCCAAGGAUCUGAGCACGAAGACAAUCUCGUUGGAGCUCUAUAAAUCAAUCAUUCAACAAUCAAUACUUUAGAACUUCGAAUACCCAUUGUUCAAAAUUUCAUCUUUUGCUGCUGAUUCCUCACUAUUAGCUCAGGGAUUUUCCGGUGAUUUUUCUAGGGUUUUCUUUGAGGAUUUGUGAAAAUCAUCGCUAUAGGAAUCGUGUAAAGUCCAUUUUGCUGCUGCGUUUUCGAAACGUUAUAAAUAUAAUUGAAGGUUUUAGCUUCCAAAAAGGCACUAGGAGGCAAUCUUUUUCAACAUGAACAAUCAGCAUCCUGAUGAUCAUGAGGGCACAACGGUUGCUGGAUUUGAAGUACCCGAAUCACCGGUAUCCAGUUACAACAAUGUGUAUUCAGCAGCAGAAGAUGAGACAAGAGAUCCUCCAGCUGUACCGCCACACCUUCAACACACUCUGCUAGGCAAUACAGGUAGCAUGGAACUGGCUUCUGAGCCACAAAAUGUUGUCCUGAACCACCUCUAUAUCGAAAACCGAGAAGCCCCAAGAUCUGUUGUAGCACUCGGUUUCUCGCAUCGGUUUAGGUCAAAGUAUGUCACUGUGGUGAUAUACAAGCCGGUCCAAAGAAGAGGGAACGCCAAUGUUUGAUCAUUGAUGAUGAUGAUACCUUCUUUAAGAAUAGUGCUUGAGAUCUUGCUUCUUUAUGGAUUCAAUUCGGUAUACUAAUUCAGCUUGGUCCAGACUAAAUUGUUCUUCUUAUCAGUUUAGGCGGUAUGGUUGAAAUCAUCUUUGUUUGACGUUUAUAUAAAUGUUACCUCUGCAUUUUUAGGGCCAAGAAGGUGAUUCUUGUGCAUUGUUUGUAAUAUAAGCCCUUUUUAGGUUGGGUUGGUUAACUCAGUCCAGAAUAUCUCUAUUGAAGUUUUUGCAUUUA